AUGCCUCUUCCGACUUACUCUCGACGCUUCGGUCGCACUUAUCACGGACUGGACGCGGUGGACCCGAACGUCUGCUAUCGCAAAAUCGGCAAAGUGCUCGCAGAUUGUCGGCUGCGCGUGUCCAAAUCACAAUGGGGGGAGUUGGGAGAGGAAGCCACUCGCGCGGGAAUCGCCUACAUGGAUCUGGCUUUCAAUAAGCCCUUCCAGUGCAGCUUGACAAACGCGAGUGUGACCAUAACCCUCGAAGAGCAGAACUCUGACCGGUGUCGCGAGAGAGAUUAUCCUCGACUUUCUCGAUUGCGCCGUCAGCAUUGGGAAGAUGAGCCGGAACAAACCGACAUUCGCAUAACGGACCAUUACGGCCCCAAAAGCCUGAGUGGCGAGCCCUCGCUUGUGACGGUGAAAAGGGCGCUGAAUAUCACACCGGAAGUGAACGUCCUGGGUAGUGGUGGCGGAGGAAUCGGGAUGAACAGAGAGAAGGAGUUCAACUAUGAGAGCCGGUGGACCUUCACCGGUCGUUUAUUGUCGACACCGCCGCGUUCUACAUACCGCACGCUCAAGUGGGAGCUUCAAGAGAGCGAUCCCGAAUACCAGACCAUGCGUCGGAACAUGUUCCACACUGCAUUCGCCUUCCAUCAUGGCAAGAAUCCGUUUCUGAUGAAAAUUGAGAUUCACGGCAGACUGCACCGAAGCCGGGAUCGCGUUAAAGACAAGAUCCGCCAGCUUAGAUUCCCCGACCCCUUCAACAAGGCACAGGGCCAGAGCGAAAUUCUCGUUCGGCCGUAUAUCGGAGAUCACCGUCUUCUUCGACGGCUGGACGGCCUUGCUCAGAGCUUACCCCAUGCUAUGGAGCGGGAGAACAUGCUGCAAACAUCCAUGCAGUUGCCAAACACCAUGCCCGUGUCUUUUCAGGAGACCAUGAAUGAAAAU